CCUACCGCCUCGCCAGGGAAAGGACAUGGAUCCCAACAGGAUCAUCCAGGCGCUCAAGGGCACCAUCGACCCGAAGCUGCGCCUCGCGGCCGAGAAUGAGCUGAACCAGUCCUACAAGAUCAUCAACUUUGCUCCUAGUCUGCUACAAAUAAUUAUUUCUGAUCAAGUGGAAUUUCCAGUCCGGCAGGCAGCUGCUAUUUACUUGAAGAACAUGGUGACGCAGUAUUGGCCAGAUCGGGAGCUGCCACCCGGAGAAGUGAUAUUUCCAUUUAACAUUCAUGAAAAUGAUCGGCAACAGAUUCGGGACAACAUUGUGGAAGGAAUUAUUCGCUCUCCAGAUUUAGUGAGGGCCCAGCUGACAAUGUGCCUCCGUGCUAUAAUCAAGCAUGACUUCCCAGGACACUGGACAGCAGUUGUGGACAAGAUAGGCUAUUACUUGCAGGCUCCAAAUAGCGGGAGCUGGCUUGGAAGUCUGCUAUGCCUGUACCAACUAGUGAAGACCUAUGAGUACAAGAAAGCCGAGGAGCGUGAUCCCCUCAUCGCUGCAAUGCAGAUAUUCUUGCCUCGGAUUCAGCAGCAGAUGAUCCAUCUACUUCCUGACAACUCACAUUACUCAGUUCUCCUUCAGAAGCAGAUCUUAAAAAUUUUCUAUGCACUUGUUCAGUAUGCGCUGCCACUUCAGCUGGUGAAUAAUCAAACCAUGACUCAGUGGAUGGAGAUUUUCCGGACAGUCAUAGACAGAAGUGUCCCACCAGAGACUCUGCAGAUUGAUGAAGAUGAUAGGCCAGAGCUGGUAUGGUGGAAAUGCAAGAAGUGGGCUUUACGAAUUGUUGCUCGCCUAUUCGAAAGGUAUGGUAGCCCUGGGAAUGUUACAAAAGAAUAUUUUGAAUUUUCUGAGUUCUUCUUGAAAACCUAUGCUGUGGGAAUCCAACAGGUACUCCUAAAAAUCUUGGACCAAUACAGGCAUAAUGACUAUGUUGCUCCACGGGUCCUUCAGCAAACAUUAAACUACCUGAACCAAGGGGUUCAUCACUGUAUAACCUGGAAGCAGAUGAAACCACAUAUGCAGACUUUGUGUGAAGAAGUGAUCUUCUCUCUGAUGUGUUAUAAAGAUGAGGAUGAAGAGCUCUGGCAAGAGGACCCCUAUGAGUACAUCCGCAUGAAAUUUGAUGUGUUCGAGGAUUAUGCAUCCCCUACUAUAGCAGCUCAGAUGCUUCUGUAUACAGCAGCAAAAAAGCGAAAAGAGGUGUUACCAAAAAUGAUGGCAUUUUGCUACCAGAUCCUGACUGAACCCAACAUUGACCCUAGGAAGAAAGAUGGGGCAUUACAUGUGAUAGGAUCUCUAGCAGAUAUUUUGCUGAAGAAGAGCGUAUUCAAGGAUCAAAUGGAGCUGAUGCUACAGAAUCACGUCUUUCCAUUGUUUAUGUCGAACCUGGGGUACUUGAGAGCAAGAUCCUGUUGGACUCUUCAUUCAUUCAGUACUUUGAGAUUCCACAAUGAACUUAAUCUAAGGAAUGCUGUUGAGCUGACAAAGAAGAGUCUAAUUGAUGACAAGGAAAUGCCUGUCAAAGUAGAAGCUGCCAUAGCCCUUCAAUCCUUAAUAAGCCAUCAGGAACAAGCAAAGGAGUACGUUAAGCCCUACAUCAGGCCUGUUAUGCAGGAGCUGCUGCGUGUUGUUCGGGAAACAGAGAAUGACGAUCUCACCAACGUAAUCCAGAAGCUGAUCUGUGAAUACAGCCAGGAAGUGGCGACAAUCGCUGUUGAAAUGACGCAGCACCUGGCAGAAAUAUUUGGCAGAGUUCUUCAAAGUGAAGAAUAUGAAGAAAUGGAAGAUAAAACUGUUAUGGCUAUGGGAAUCCUGCACACCAUUGACACAAUCCUUACUGUAGUGCAAGACCACAAGGAGAUAACCCAGCAGUUGGAGAGCAUUUGCUUACAGAUCAUUGGUCUUGUCCUGCAAAAGCACGUAAUAGAAUUUUAUGAAGAAAUCCUCUCUCUGGCAUACAGCUUGACAUGCCAUCUUAUUUCACCUCAAAUGUGGCAGCUUCUGGGUGUCUUAUAUGAAGUGUUUCAACAGGAUUGCUUUGAGUACUUUGCAGAUAUGAUGCCUCUCUUGCACAACUAUGUCACUGUCGAUACCGAUACUUUAUUGUCAAAUCCCAAAAAUUUAGAGAUAAUUUACACUAUGUGUAAAAAGGUACUAAUGGGUGAUGCAGGCGAAGAUGCGGAGUGCCACGCAGCCAAGCUCUUGGAAGUCAUUAUUCUGCAGUGCAAAGGGAGGGGCAUUGACCAGUGCAUCCCACUCUUUGUGGAAGCGGUUCUGGAACGCUUAACGCGAGGGGUUAAAACCAGCGAGCUCCGCACCAUGUGUCUCCAGGUGGCCAUUGCUGCACUUUACUACAGCCCUGAGCUCCUCUUGCACACUUUAGAGAACGUCCGAUUUCCUCACAACCCGGAGCCCAUCACUGCACAGUUUAUAAACCAGUGGAUGAAUGAUACGGAUUGCUUUCUUGGCCUACAUGACAGGAAGAUGUGCAUCAUAGGCCUGAGCAUCCUGAUGGGACUGCCGAACCGACCUCCAGCAGUAGACGCCGUGGCCGCUCAGAUCGUUCCUUCGGUUCUCCUCCUGUUCCUGGGCCUGAAGCAAGUGUGUGCCACCCGGCAGCAUACGGAACACGAAGAGCAGGCUAAAGCGGAAAAGAACGAUGCAGAAGAUAACGAAGAGAUUCCAAGUGACGAAGAGGAGGCAAAUGAAGUAAGCCAGGAAAUGCAGGAGAACCAUGCAGGUGGCGGUGGGGAUGCAGGAGAUGAAGAUGAUGACGACGACGACGAUUGGGAUGAUGAUGCCUUGGAAGAGACUGCGUUGGAAAGCUUCAGCACCCCUAUUGAUCUGGAUGACGGGGUUGAUGAAUAUCAGUUCUUCACCCAGGCCCUAUUAGCGGUGCAGAGCCGAGAUGCAGCUUGGUACCACGUGCUGACAGCACCGCUCAGCAACGAUCAGAAGACUCAGUUGCACGAAAUCUGUGCAUUAGCUGAACACCGGAGGAGUUCUGCAGAAUCAAAGAGGAUAGAACAGCAGACAGGCUUCACGUUUGAUAACAAAGGACUGGUCUCUGGAUUUAACUUUGGCAAUGCUCCAGGAAGCAACUGAAGGAGAAAAAAGCUUAAAGGACUCUGCAGAAUCUUUCAUUAUUGCAUUUUAUUAAAAACAACAAAAGUGAGGGAGAUUAAUUUGUGACUUGUGAAUGGGCAAGGAAAGGUAAUCGAGUGCUCCUGAAGCCUCCUUUUUUGGGAAAGGCAGUGGUUGACCCUCUUCCCCCCCUCAUUAGGACACUCUUUCUAACCAGCUACUGUAAUGUAUAAAUUCUUGUGGUAUUUUUAUAAGUUGUUGGACUGAAAAGAAAAUAUCUGCCCCUGUUCCUCCAGCUGAGGAAAUGGGGGAGCAGCUGUGUGAAAUUGGAUGGAGUUGCACUUCUCAGGUCUUUGCCAUGUGAAAUUGAAGGGGUCCUAUGGAUAACAGUGCCUUCUGUUGUAUAUGGAUUGCCUGAACAGAAGAUUUGCCGGGGGGGGGGAUUUUAUUAUUUCUUUUAUUUUUGUUUUUUUGAAGGAAGGAAGGAAGGAAGGAAGGAAGGACAUUGAUAGGCACACUUCAGAUCUAGUUUUCCAUGUUUUUCUGUUGUCUCCCUCUGGUGAAAUUGUGGCUGUAUUUUAUCAGUCACAAACUUCACAUUGUUGGCUGCACAAACCUUUCAGCUUCCCUGCAUUUGUGUACGUUCAGGGUGAUGUCUCUUUGAGUUAUCAAGAAUAUCUUUAUGUCCACCACUAUUGUUAGAAAACAGAUCUUCCUGUGAACAACAAAUUUAAAUCCUCUUCCCUUAUGAUGGCCAAGCCUUUGUGGUUCUUUAUUGAAGAGUUGUAGGGCUUUCUGCCUGGACAGGACUCUUUCUCUGUCUUGUCUUGCCCACCGUGGAAAGGGCGUAUUCUCAGAUGCACACUCGUGACUACUUGAGGCAAUGGCUGGGCCUCUUCGGUCUGUCUGUUAUCCUAGAACAUGCCCAAUACAUUCUCGAGGCUGCACUUUAUAAGGGAAGUUCAGUAGUGGUGGGCAGUCUGUCUUUCAGGAAGACUCGUCUGCCAUUAGUGCUCUUCUAAGGAAUGCAAGCAUUCUCCAGAGCAGUUCCAUAACCACGACUUUAAUGGAACUAAAUGCAUUGCGAGUCUUCAGAAAGCAAGCUUGCUCUUUGCCUUGUGUGUUCAAAUCUAAAGCUAUCUCAGUGCUGUGUAGAUUUCUUGAUGUAUCAGUAAUCAGAUUGUGGGCUUUGUAGUUAGUAGUUGUCAACUUCAUAUUUUUGUCCAUCUUGAACUCCUUUCACUUGCACUGAGUUGUUCUCAUUCUUCCAGCCACGUCAGUGACCGAGGCUUUAAACAAUAGUAGUAUUGUUGGCUCCAUCCCUCUUACUGUAUCCAGAAAUUGGGUGAUCAUUUUUCUUAGGUUUAGAAGACCAAUCUCCCUUAAGUUCAGGGUGACGUUGGGUGUUGCCUGUUUCUGUGCUGCUGAACAGAACAAGAGUGAAACAAUCAACUAGAAAAGACUGGUGCAGAAUGAUGAAACUAGGUCUAACAGCUUACAUUUAAGGGGGUCGGGGUUGUCUUUGCAUUGCUUUCCAGUUCAGUUCAUGAUUAAGUUUCUCCUCAACCAUAUGUGACUGAAUGACUAAGGGCGCAAUCCUAUGUAUAUCUAGACAGAAAAGUGUCCUAUAACUCCCUCGUUAGGGAAUGCUGGGAGUUGUAGGACUUUUUUCUGUCUAGAUGUACAUAGGAUUAGGCCCGAAAACCUGUUGCCUUCCCCAAGACCAUUCCUGGUGGUCUUAAUGCCACAGUUGGGUUUGCAAUAAAGGCCUGGUCUUGUGGCUUGACUUUCUGUGAUAGGACCACACAAGGGAACAGGAGUUCCUGCCCCAGUUUUAAGUGGCAAUUCUGUAAUGGCAAACUAAACACUGUUUUACAGAUUAUUAUACAAAGGCAAAGUGUAUACCGAAUAAGGAACUGCAUCCAAUUGUGGUUUCAUAACAAGUGUUUACCUGUAAAAUAGCCAUGUUCACAAGCACCUGUCAGUUGUUCAGACUUUAGAUGCUUAGGUAUAAAUUUAAAACAUGUUAGGUGAACUGCUAAAAAAUUCUAAAUUGGCUUAGGAGCUGAGGAAUUAACAUUUUCAUUCUAUCUAGCCUCUUACCUAGUACAAUGAACUUGUGCCUCUAUUUAAAUUUGUUUUGGUUCUUUGCUAAUCCUGCCCUUUGUAUCCCAAAGACAUUUCCUGCAAAUCCAUUUCCUUUGUCUUUCUGGAAUUUGUUGCCAGCAGAAGGUAUCUUGUUAGAUAGUGUGUGUGUGUGUGUGUGUGUGUGUGUGUGUGUGUGUGAGAGAGAGAGAGAGAGAGAGAGAGAGAGAGAGAGAGAGAGAGAAAGACUUGGUUGCCCUUUUCUUUCAGAGUAGAUUUUUUUUGUGUAAGUAUGAAACAAGUAUAAUUUUAUUCUUUUUAUAUGUGUGCAUGAAGGGAAUCCACUACCGAAAUAUUGCAAGGUUUUAUUAGCAUUCAGACUGCUUCUGCAUAGGGAUGACUUUACUUCUUUAAAAAACAUUCCUUUAACCUUCAUAAAAGAUUUGAAGUGUCGUCCAAGAUUAUGCCCAGAUCUAUUUUAAAAUCAAUCAGAGUAACAAAAUGUGUACUAAUUUUCCUGUUCUGAAGACCAGGGGUUUCAACAACAGUUGAAAGUUAAUUCCUCUGUUAAGUCUAAAUCACUGCAAAGCUAUAAAGCAAAAUGCAAACAUGGAGCAAAAUCAUGUGAUGUGUUUUUUUUAACCCCCUCUGGUAUGUAUCACAUAGACAGAGAAUGCAUGUUUGAAUGUUUCUGCUCCCAAGCCUCCCUGCAUAUUUAAAACUAGCACAUCAGAGUGCAGUUAUCUCCUUCAUGUCCUAGUUUUUGAUGUGCAGGGAGGAUUUAGGGCAAGAACAUUCAGACGUGCACUCACUUACUGCCAGGAUGUGGUGAUUCUGCUGCAUGUCAAGAUCAGCAGUUACACACAGAUGUGUCAUUAGUGAGAUGCUCAAGCAUCCCUGACCUUGCGUAUGCUAGGCUUCCCCAACCUGCUGCCCUUCAGAUGUUUUGGACUACAGCUCCCAGAAUCCCCCACCUAGCACAGCUGGUGAGGGGAUGCUGGCAGUUAUAGUCCAACUCACCUGGAAGGCACCAGGUUGGGGAAGACUAGCAUAGGCAAGGUCAGGGAUGCUUGAGCAUCCUAUUAAUGACACUUUGCCUCCCAGGUGCCAAGUAAAUUUGUCUCUCAUCGUUUUGUAUGUUUUGGGUUAUAACAGGUCAUUUCCUUGAUUGAAAAGCUUAAUAUGUAAAAUUAAACUUGGGAAAUUCGAAGGUUGGAUUAUUGGUUCACACAUGCCUCUUGAUGACUGCUCCAACGAGUAAUGACUUACAUGUAUGAACAGAGCCAUCACAGAUAUAACACCACUGACAGAACUUGGACACAGUGCUUUUCUUCAACUGAAUCAGCUCACUCAAAGUGUACCAUAAUCAUGUGUAUAAAAAACAAGUGAUGUACAUGCAUGCUUCAACCAGCCCUUGAGGAUGUAUGAGUGCUCAGUCUGUCUCUAGAGAACUGGUGCCAACUUCUACUAAACUACAGUUGUGACCAUGAACAUUCAAGGUUCUUUCAUAUGAAAUAGUUCGUAUUGUUUAAUCCACUGGAACUGUAAGCAUCUAGCUAAGCCUAAUUGCUUCCUAGUGUUAAAUUCCAAAUAUAUUUGUUGUUCUGAACAAAAAAUAGUUACCAAGUUGGUAGAGCCUGCCAUUUCUUCCCCCUUUUGGAGAUUGAAAGAAUCAUAGCUAUCGCAACAAAACAAACAUUGUCAUUAAAAACAAGCUCCUAAAUGGAGAGGACAAGGUG